AUUCCAAAGCCAAGCUGCCAUAUUUACGAUCCUUCCUUCUCUGCCUGUGAUCUCGACGUCUUGAAAUAUUUCAACUUCAGCAUUAUUCAACAGAAUGAGGAAUGCAAAAGAACAGUCACACGCCCAACACUUUUUUAUAUGCCCCAUUGUGGUAGGCCAAUGUAUAAUAAUGUGCUGUCGAGUAACUGGGAUAAAGACAGAUUAGGGCAUGUUUGUAUAUUAGGAAAUAGUUUUCUAUCUAUUAUGAAUAAGUAA